AUGGCGAGCCCACGAGACGAUGCAGCGGAGAACCCCUUCCUUAGUCCAGCGGAUGGACGCAGCAUGAGGAGCUUCACCGCCGACUCCAAAAAUAGCUCGAGGAGCAUGCUACCACUUUUGUACACCCAAGGCCUACUUGAACCACAACGAAGUGGAUAUUCAAUAACACUACUAUUGACGUCAUUAUACUCGACUUUAUGUUCGGCCUUGUUCUUCAUCGUCGCCUUGAUACAGCCAAAAUAUGGACAUGUCGUAUCAGCACGUGGGCGAUUUUCCCCUUCCUCGGCGGCGCUAUUGACGGCUUUCAUCGCCAAGACUGUCGAGCUGUCAUUCGUGAUGGUAUUCUUGGCAUUCAUAGGGCAGGUCCUGUCGCGAAGAGCUAUUCAGCAGAAAGGCAUCAAUCUGGCUAGUGUCUCGAUGCGAUCCUGGAUUCUUCAACCAGGGAAAUUAUUCAGCGGGUGGCACAGCGUCAGGGUCGCUGGCUUCAGUGUAUUGGGAGUACUCUCACUGAUUACGGCCAUUCUCUCUCUACUAUAUACAACCGCUGCAGGUGCUCUUGUGCAACCACAGCUACGCCUCCCGCCCUGGGAGCAUCAAAUGCUUGCUGGUCAAGUAGAUGGCGACUUCUCCAGCACCUUGAAAGCUGAUAGGACUUGUCUCACUGCCUGGCCUGAUGUCGGCGACACACAAUGGGGCGGUAGCACAUGUCUUGCCAUGAAGUGGUCUUCGCUCUGUGGCCGCAACUUUAUCAAAUAUAUGUCCGCAUGGGACGAUCAAGCAGCUGCAACAAACCCUGCUUGGAUGUCUGAGCGCCUUCUGGAACGAAAGCCGAUCAGUGCGUCGCUAGACAACAACGUCACUGUCACUACCGCGUGGCUUGAUGAUCAUGAUGUCGCUACUGAGUCUGAAAAGGCAGGCAGGAUAAUCAACAACAUCACUAUAGCCGUCCCCCACCGUGGGAUACCGGCAGCAGCUCGCAAUGUCCAGAAUGACUUAUUGCAGCCAGAAGAUCUGCAUGAUGGUGGCUCAUACUCUAUCCACGCUUCAGUCGCCAGCUUCGCACUCAACGCACUUUGUGUCAAUGCCAAAGAGGAAGAGCUCGCUCCACUCAUAUAUACCAAUUGGCCCAAUGCAAUUCCCAUGGAAGAAGGCUCGAAGUCGGUCAACUGGUGGCCCAUUCUAGGAUUUCCAGAGGGUACCAACACGAACAACAAAACGGUGCUUGACGAUGUGUUUGGAUGGAAGGACGAGACUGAAGAUCACUCGCGUGCUAGACCAAUCUUUCUCAAGUACCCGAAAGCAGGAAACACGAUCGCAAACCACACUCAAGUACCCUACGAGCUCGGCGACCGACCAGAAGUCUACCUGCUCGGCAAAGCACCCGACAACACAACCAAAGACUACUUCCUCUGCUCCAUGAAAGCCGGCAUCACGACUUCCUGCACUACACGCUACAACGCAUCAUCCGGCGGCCAAAGCCUCGAAGCCGUCUGCGACGACGCAAACGGAAAGCACAGCGACGACUCCGCCAUCCAACCCCUCCGUUCCACCGACGACAGAACAGCGCUAGUCGGCUGGCGCGACCUAGGCUUCAACCUCCUCAACUCCCUCAGUCUAAACAACGGAGUCUUCGACGGCGACGCCUCAACAGCACGCAUAUUCACCCAACUCCAACUCACAGAGCCCAAACUUAACAAGACCUUACCGAGUCCAGCAGAAGCACUCCUAAGCAUGACAACAUGCACCGUCCUCGACCUAACCCAAAACUUCCCCUUCCAACCCUUCUCCCCCACCUCCGCCGACGACUUCAACACCCCCCAAAUGCAGUACUUCAACGCUUCCGUCCGUGUAGCACAGUAUAUGUCCGGCGGCGAAAAGAGCUACCAAAAAGCGCUCCUUGUUGUCCUCGCUCUCACACUGCUCAUCAACAUCUUCAUCCUGAUCUACUUCGCCGUGCUGCUGCGCAUCAAACUCAUCACGGAUCUGUGCGAGCCGCUUGUGCUGUUUGUCCUUGGAUACCAUUCUCCGCCGUCGGAUGGCCUGUUCCAGGGGAGGCCGCAGGAGGGGCCGCAGAAGAGGGAUAUGCAGGUUGAUUGGAUUGUUAAGAGGAAGGGGGAGCAGUUGGUUGUUGUGGGGAUGGGGUAG